AUGAAAAGGUCGGCCCUUGAAGCUUCCUUGCCAAUGAUUCUGCUUGAGACUACAGCAAAGGCUUCGGCCAAUCAACGGGCGUAUGAUUUAGCUUCUGAAUUCCCGCCGAUCAUAUUGAACCCGAACUACAUUCUUCCCAACCCUAGAAGUGGAAGUCCUUACCAUGUGUCACUCGCCAAUCCUGUCACGGGGAUGGCGACUAUUGAAGCUGCUAUACAAUGUCUGAAGAGGAAGAUAUUAUAUGAACAACAAAUCGAGCAACUUGGAAAUUUCCAGCUAUGCAUUCAUGAUCAGAUGAUAAUGCUGGAAGGAGCAAAAGCUAAAACCGAGACAGUCAAUGCUUUAAGAACUGGAGCGGCGACAAUGAAGGCAAUGCAGAAAUUGUUGAAUAUUGAUGAUGUUGACACGACGAUGGAUGAGAUCAAUGAGCAGACCGAGAAUAUGAAACAGAUCCAGGAAGCAUUAUCAGCUCCUCUUGGUGCUGCAGCAGAUUUUGAUGAGGAUGAAUUGGAGGCAGAACUUGAAGAACAUAAAGGUGCUGAGUUGGAAGAGCAGCUUCUUCGACCUGUAACCAUGGCCCCUGCAGAUCCAGUGCACGUUCCCGCUGGCCCACGGCCUGUUCGUCCUGCUCGGAAGCAAACAGCUGAGGAAGAUGAGCUCGCUGCUUUACAGGCAGAGAUGGCACUUUAAGCAGGUCAUGCUUUUAUUUCAUUUCCUCUUUGCAUGUUCCUGCAUGAAUUAUGAUCAGCUGUUGAGAAUUAUAGCAAAGACACAGGAUCUAGUCAUAGCUUUCUGACGAUCCUAUCCCCAUGGAUUGCCAUCAACUGUACUAUUGAUUUGGAGGACAGGCCCUCGUGCAUCUAACUCUUUUCGUUAUAAUAAUAUGUAAAAAGAAAAAAAAAAAGAACAAAAGUAAAAAACGGAAUUAAGAAGGCAUGAGAUGUUUUGCAUCUGGAGUCGAUUGAGUCUGGUUAUUGCCUGCUUCUGCUGCUGCUGCGGUCGUUGUCAGUUAGCAUUCACGCAUGAGUCCACAAUCCUGUGUGAGUUGGUAGGAGUGAUAAUCAUACUCUGUAAAUUAAGACAGAGCGAAUCAAUUGGAGUCAGUGCCCCUCUUAUAUUGCUGGUUCUGGAGCUUGGGAGAGUUGUUUAUACUCCAUUCAGAUCA